AUGGAAAGUGGGACUAUAUCAGAGGUACUUGGUAAACUCCGUGAACUUACGGCUGCCAUACAAGAUGCUGGUGACGAUAAACUCGCCGAAAUACUACGCAAAAUCGCCAACUCGCGCGGCCGAAUCGCAUCAUGCCGUGAAUUGAUUUUAAGAGCUCCUGAUCCAGACUUGGAUCCUGAAAAAUGGUUCACAUACUGGGAAUCGAAGUCAGGCGACAAGUUAUCAGACAAUCAAGUGAUACGGCUUGCAGCACUCACAAAAAGUUGGAGCCGUCGAACCGAAGAGGAUACUGAAACAUUAAAAUAUUGGAUUUCGAACCCAUCAGCAUUCUGGGGUAUGGAUCCAUUCCGUACACCAUUCGAAUUCGUGCAACAUUGGCUCGCAGAAAGGCCUAAAGCAAACAACGCAAAGGAGAGUAACGGAAAAAAGGCGGACGGCAAAGAACCUAUACGACGCAGAGUUACCCUCAUCAUUUUGUAUGAUAUCAUCCGCGAGGAAGUGUCACGGUUAAGAAUCCAACCGAAUCAGCUGCGGCAGCACCAAACGUACCUCAAUAGCGCCGUCAGCAAUGUUGUGGCGAAGGCGUACCGCUCUCAAAAUGCGUCGGAGCAAACUAAGCUACAUACCAGACUCGCCUGUCUACAACGGUACGGAGAGAAAUGGUCACGACUCAGGCACAGAGAGAUGGUACUAGUCCCUCUUGAUGAUUGUACAACUAAGUCAGUGACUGCUCAUAUACUGCUCAAUCGCUAG